AUGGCAUUCUACAGCGCUCAUUACAGUGACAGCCAACCAUGCUCGUACAUAAUUUCCCCUCUAAAGCACAUAGUGUGUGUACUCCAUUGACAGGUCAUAUCCACUAUUCUCAAGGGUCAGACCCCGGAGCGUCAGAAAAUGUUCAAGAACCAUCAAUGUAGGCUCCUAACCACAGGGAUGACUGUAGAUAAGCCAAUCAUUUUUGAAGAGCCGGUAUCACUAGUGGACAGUCACUUCCAUCUGGACAAAGUUCUCCAACGUUCCAGCUAUCUCAACUGGCCUCAUCUGCAAGAUGCCCUUCAGGGCAGAGGUUAUGUGAACUUGGCAAUUGCCAACUAUGUUUCCUUUGGCAUCCACCCUCACUCUGUAUGUGAUGCCCACCCUGACAUCCUGACAAGGCUCUCUGAAUUGGCUAGCUUGCCACAGUGCUGCGCUAUUGGUGAAAUUGGCAUAGAUCUAACAUCGCAGUGCAGCUGUAAUCCAUGCCAUAACCCUCAGGACUGCCAGCGUGAGCGCCUCAGGAAACAGUUGGACUUCCUUGCAGAAAUGCUUCUGAUGGCUCGUGACUUGGGCAAGCCCGUCAUACUACACUGUCGAGACAAUGGCACGGGUGAAGCAGCAGUGCACACACUCGCUACCAUACACAUGGUGGAUAUGUCGGAUCAUGUCUUUCAUAGACACUGCUUCAUUGGCGAGUUAGAGGAGCUGCGGCAGUGGCAGAGGGAAUUGACCCAUGUCAAGUUUGGGGUCACAAUGAAAUCCGUGCAGGACCCGAGGAUGGUAGCGUUAAUACCGCCGGAGCAGCUUUUGCUUGAGACAGAUGCCCCCUAUCUUCCUCCUGCUCCUGGAUGCCGCCUCAAUCAUCCUUGGAAUAUUCUCUCCUUGGCCAAGCAAGUAUCCUUUAUAAGGAAUAUGCCGGCAUCCCUUCUGUUGAAGAUAGCCAACACUAAUGCCAUGGAGAUAUAUAGUCAUCGAGUCCACUAA